AUGUUUCAACAAGACAAGACAGCCUGUUUCAUGGCAUUGGUUGUGAGCGUAGUAGCAGUAGCCGUCCUACUGACAACAUCCAUCCAUGCCCGAGUCCUUACGAGAACCAAAUAUGUUGGUGCUUUGAAUCAUCGUCUUUUACAGAAAAAUAGAAAUCUCUUCUUGCGAGAAGCUGCAUCAUCGGGAGCAGUGGAUCAGUGGAUGACCCAAACUUUGGAUCAUUUCGACCCACAAAAUACUGAGACAUUCCAACAACGUUUUUGGAUCAAUGAUACCAUGUGGAAUCGGGCAUAUAAUGGUCCUGUUUUUAUUAUCAUUGGUGGAGAAGGACCAGCUUCCGCCGGUUAUGUCAAUGGUCAUUUCAUUACAAACGAGUAUGCUAAAAGAUAUGGUGCUUUAAUUGCUGCAUUGGAACAUAGAUUCUAUGGAGAGUCAGUACCAAGACAAUCUUUGUCUACCCAAAACUUGAGAUACUUGACCAGUGAACAAGCAUUGCAAGAUUUGGUGGAAUUUAGAAGCUAUUUAAUCAAAAAGUAUAACAUUAAUGAAGCCAAGACCAAGUUUGUAUCGUUUGGAGGCUCAUACUCUGGAAAUUUAUCUGCUUGGUUAAAGCUCAAAUAUCCACAUUUAUUUGUUGGAGCUAUCGCUAGCUCUGGACCUGUAUUGGCACAAUUAGAAUUCCCAGAGUACAUGAUGGUUGUUCAAAACUCUGUUGGACCAAAAUGUGCUGACAGAAUUAGACAAGCAAAUACUCUUGCUGAGCAACUGCUUUUGAGUCCAGCUGGAAGACAACGUGUUGCAAAAUUGUUCAACGUUUGUAAUCCAGAAAGUUUGACAGAUAUCAAUGAUGUUGCCACUUUCUUUUCAACACUUUCUGACGGUGUCUGUGAAAUUGUUCAAUACAACUUGGAUAACAAUGGACAAAAAGCAUUCAACAUUACAAGCAUGUGUAAUAUAAUUGAAUCAGGUCCAGAUGCUUUGGAAAGUUUUGCCAAUUGGGUCAAUACUUUUAACUCAUACUCUGGAAAUUCAUGCAGUGAAAAUUUAUACAGCGACAUGAUCAACCAAAUGAAAGAUGAACGACCUUUCCCUAAAAAUCAAAACGCUGCAGGACGUGCUUGGACCUACCAGACAUGUGUUGAAUUUGGAUAUUAUCAAGAUGCAGUUGGUGACAAGCAACCAUUCUCCACCAAGAUUACCUUACAAUAUUUCCUUCAACAAUGUUCUGAAGUUUUCGGAAUUAAUGGAAUGAAGCCAGACAUUGCUUUUACUAACAACAUGUAUGGAGCUAAGAAUAUUGACACGACUAACACAGUUUUCACGAGUGGUUCUGUGGAUCCAUGGUCAGUGUUAGCAGUGACACAACAGACACAAUAUAUUCCCCAAUCAAACGUAUUCCACAUGCAAGGUACUGCCCAUUGUGCUGACUUGUAUGCCUCCUCUCCAAAUGACCUGCCUACAUUAACACACACCCGUUCUGAAACUCAAAAGUUGAUGGAUAAAUGGUUGGCUUGA